GUCCACCCGCAAGGAAACAUUUAAUUUUAAUUUUAAGUCACUCACUCACUUAGAAUAUUUAUCUGCGACCAACAUCGAAGUUAAGUCAUACUUAUUUUUAAUUGAAACUAAUUUAACGCGAACGCAGUGUGUCGUAAUCGAACAAUUUCUGAUAACAAUGCGAAUUUGAUUAACGCACGGUGGAAAUCGGCGGAAAUAGUUCGGAGAAAACGAAUUGAAGGGAUUAAUGUGAUAAUCUCCGGAAUCGCAACGAAAAAGCAAGAACACAGAUUUAAACAAAAUAUUGCACGAGUUUAUAAUUUACACACAAAAAAAUAUCGAACCCCAGUUUGGCUGUGUUUAAGUUUCCUAAGUUACCCCGAAAUUCAACGAAAUAAUCCCAUCCGAGUUACUUUAAUUUUAUCCAUAUUUAGUAUCAAAGCCAAAGUGUUCGGAAAUCACCCGAUCAAAAAUCGAAACAGAAAGUGCGAGUGGAAAACCGUGGGCGGAAUUUUGAAUUUUCCCCCUGAAAGAAGAAGUCAGUGGAGCGAUAAAAUACCAUACAUAUUCGAGCAAAUCACAAUCACAACAGUAGUGAGCAAAGUUGAAUAGGGGCGACAAAAAUAGAGUGCUGCAAAAGUGUUGAAGUGUGUAAGCCGAUCCGCUAAUUCGCUCCCAACUGCCGCUCGACCGGACGGCAGUCUACUAAUCAUCGAGGGAACAAGAGCGUGGCAUCAUCACCCUGCUGUGUACGGCUGGUGUUGAAACGUGCCGUUCAAUUUACGAACUGAUAGCGGAUCCUAUGUGGUCCACCGUAUAUAGUACCGAUCGGCUUGGAUGACACAAAAUAAGAUAAAAAAGCUGAAUGCACUUUUAAGCGGCGCCAGAACUGAACAUCACGGUAGCGUCAUCAACGAAUCACGUUGCUCGCUUCAAUAGAACUCUACUAUUCUUACCAACUUGACGGAGUGAUUGUGAUAUUUCCAUGAAUUGAACAGAAAAAGUGCAAAAGUGCAGUAGCAAACAGAAAAUCGGUUAUCUAAUUAACAAAUAAACUCAGAAGAAAAAUUAAAAUUAAAUGUUAAAACUUGAACUUGAAGCAAGCAGCAACACAGAGAGGAAUGGCAGACAGCAAAAAUCAGCGUAAUAAUCAUCACCAGCAGCAUCAGAACGCAAACAACGGAAUCUCCUGCAGUGCAUCUGGUUUAUCGAAAUCGAAAGUGGAACGGAGCAGAAGCACCAGUCGUUCUCGAAUUCUCAAGCAGAGCGACAUCAGUGACAGUGAAAACCUAACCUUGUACAUGAGUGGCCAAAAGGCAAGUCAAUAUCAGAGUAAAAUGUCUGAUGAGGGGCACACGCAGAAGGACUCAUUGGAGUCCAAUGAAGUGGUAUCGAUCCGAAGUAGUGCUAGUGUGAUCAAAUGUGAUAGUGAUAAGGAAAUCAAUUCACUCAAAAGGAAGAAAGUGCCCUCAGUGAGCCUGUCAGAAAGUGUCCCGGAACAGGAACAAACGUACGCUUCGGUUGUGAAGCAAAUAGACAAAGAAAAUGUCCGACCAGCUUCCAUGGUGGGGAUCAAUCCGGGAAUUUCAAGCAAUAAGCGAAUGAAGAUGGAUCCACUGAACAGUGAUAGCAAAAUAGUUGCCAGUAAACCACCCAUUCCUCCGAAACCAGAUGCCACCAAGUCAACGCAACACAAUGAGAAAUGUACAGGAAAGUCCAAGAAGCAGGUUGUCAGUGAAGCGCACAAUGCGUUGACGGUACAGAAGCUGCUUGCUCAGAACGAACAGAUGAGGCUGGAAAUUAACGAUCUGCGGUCGAACUUGGCCACGGAACGAAACGCCGUUCGCGUUUUAAGGGCCCAAAAUGAGUCGGACCUACGGCGAACCAAGACGGAGUGUAAAAAGCUUCAGGAAGCUCUGUCCCAUAAGAAGCGGAACGGUGCCGUACAGACAUCGUCGAUCAGCUCCGCAUCAGCACCGAAGCGACCGCACCGAACUGGUGGCGGGGGCGAAAGUGCCAGUUCGGAUGAUAACGUUGGCCAAGUGACCAUCAACCAGCUUAAUCUUGACAUUCUCAAGCUCAACCAGGAGCUUUCCGCCAUGCGUGAAACGAAUAAGUUCUUGGAGGAGAAAAUUCAAAUUUCCUCGGAGGCUGAACGGCGGAAAGCUUCUGACAUUCGAGUGCAAAGGGACCUGCACGAACUGCGAUUGACUCAACUCACCAAGUCGGCCAAAAGCGAAAUCCAACGACUGCUGGAGGAGCUGAAAUCCAAAGACCGAAGCAUUGGUCUUCUCAAGAAGGAGAUUUCAGCUCUGCAAGGAGGAGGAGGAGGAGCAAAGAAGGAGAGAAAGGCUGCUAUAAAUUCCGCUCAGCAAUCGCUAGAGCAUUAUGCUUUCAGCUAA